GCACCGCUUUGUCCCUUCUGUCUGGCCGGUUGUGUCCACAGGCUGUCUGCUCCGCUCCGGUCGUCUCCAGUCCCGCCGCCAAGAUGAUGUGUGGAGCGCCUUCCGCCACGCAGCCAGCCACCGCCGAGACCCAGGAGAUCGCUGACAAGGUCAAGGCCCAGCUUGAAGAGAAGGAAAACAAGAAGUUCCCUGUGUUUAAGGCUGUGGAGUUCAAGAGUCAAGUGGUCGCUGGGACAAACUAUUUUAUCAAGGUUCACGUGGGUAAUGAUAACUUCGUGCAUCUGCGAGUAUUUCAGAGUCUGCCUCAUGAAGACAAGCCCCCGGCUUUGACCAGCUACCAGACCAACAAGGCCAAGCAUGACGAACUGACGUAUUUUUAAUUCCUGGUUUUGAGUAGGGCCCUUUGUCCACAUGACCAGUAUGUGGAAAUGAUUCUGUCAUCUGUGAGCGUGUUCCUGGGGCCAGAAAAUAAACGUCAUCUCCAUGUUGUGCCGCUUGGGGGGUGGGAGGGUAUCAACAGUUUCCCUUGUGUCUGUUUGUAAUUGUUCAUUGUAUUCCAGUGAAUACUCAGAGCGAAUCAAUAACCAGUGCUCACCAAUAACCUGAACAAAAUGAUUUCCAAAGAAAGCUAGAUAUUAUCUUUAAGUAUCUAUUUUUAAAGUCUUUUUGAGAACUUC